GCCUAAAAAUGGGAAUAAUGUUAUAGUUAAAGUCACUCAAAAGUUUAUUGUCAAUUCAACCACGUGCAGGACAUAUGGGGAAUCGAAAUUGUGUUACUCUCAGACCCUUUGUGCCUAACAUAUAAUAUUAAUUCAAAAAGUGGAAUUUUAAAAAAAUUACAAUAAAUACAAUUAAACAUAUGAAAGAAUCUAAAUACAUAAGUAAAACGUUUACAUUUGUAAACGACACAAUUACACUUAUGGGAACAUAGCAUAAUUAUAACAAUUAUUAUUUCACACACACACACACACACACACACAUAUUAUAAUUACAUUUCUAUAAUUAUAUUUUAAGUGGACCACCACUUUAACUCCUCCCAUCUUCAUUUUCAUAUUAUUUUUUGUUAACCUUCACCUCUAGGUGGUCUCUUUCUGAGUGUUCUGAGGAAACUCCGUGUGUCCCAAUCCCUCCCUCCCUCUCGCGCCUCAGCACCGCUCCCUCGGGCCGUUCCCGUGACUUUCAGCACCACGGAGAGCACCGAUCUCCAGCGCGCUCGAUGUAUUCCCCCACAAACAGUCUGCAGAGACUGAGAAGCCGAGAAGGGCAAAGAGAAAAGCGAUUAUCCCGAUCACUGCAGAGAACAGACUGUUCCUUUAAGAGAGAGAGAGAGAGAAAGAGAGAGAGGAAGAUGGCGAAAGAGAUAGAAGAUUAAAAAAUGCUAUUUAAUCACUAACUAUUUGUAUUGUGCUCAUCCUGAUACUUAAUUCGAGCUGCAUGUUUAGUAAAUGCUCUUUGCAGUUACUCCAAAUCGCCAGUUCGAUUGCACGGCGCCGCGCAAGGACGUACGCGCGCGCGCACACACACAUACACACGACCGCACACGCUCGCUCGUUCUCCCGGAGUCGCGCGCACACACACACAUCGCCUCACACGCGUACGGCACUGCCUGCGAAAACCAGCUGGAGAAAACGAGCUCAGAGAGAAAGAGAGGGAGAGGAACAGAGGAUAAACGCGAGAGAGCCAGACAAAGAAAGGCAGGGACGGACGGAGAAAAGGAGCGAAUAGAAGCGCGACCGGCUACGGGAGAGGCGAAUUACGCGGAGUGAAGACGAGAGAGGAAGGAGGAGGACCGGGAGGGUGGAUCAGGAAGCAGGCUGUGGCUCUCUCUUGUAGGCAGCGGAGCGCGGUGAAGGCAUUAUGGGAAAUGCACCAUCCCAAGACCCGGAGCGUGGCGGAGGUCACAUGAUCUCCACAGAUGACCUGGAGUACCCGCGCGAGUAUCGCACGCUGGGCAACAACACUCGGAGGUUCUCUAACGUGGGUCUGGUCCACACCUCCGAGCACCGGCACACGGUCAUCGCCGCCCAGAGUCUGGAGACCCUCACCAACCUGCACAAGGCUGACAUGGAGCGCAAACGGGAUGUCUUCAUGGACCACCUGAAGAACAAGUACCCGCCCCAGCACUCACUGCCACCCUCACCAUCACCCUCACACGGCAGCAUGAGGGGCAGCGCUGAGAGGAGUGCACGAGAACAGCAACAGCCAAACUACUGGAGCUUUAAGAGCCGUAGUCCACGUCACUCUCAGUCCACUCAGUCAGGUUUGGCAGACCAAGCGUCUAAACUGUCCUUCGCCUCUGCUGAGUCUCUGGAGACCAUGUCUGAAGCCGACAUGCCGCUGGGUUUUAACCGCAUGAACCGUUUCCGCCAGAGCCUCCCGCUCUCCCGCUCCGCAAGUCAGAAUAAACUGCGCUCUCCAGGUGUGCUGUUCCUCCAGUUUGGAGAUGAGACCCGGCGUGUUCACAUCACCCAUGAGCUUAACAGUCUGGAGACGCUGCACGCACUCAUCGUGCACAUGUUCCCUCAAAAACUGACUGCAGGAAUGCUCAAGUCGCCUAACACAGCCAUCCUGAUCAAAGAUGAAGCCAGAAAUGUCUUCUACGAGCUGGAGGAUGUGAGGGACAUACAGGACCGCAGCAUCAUCAAAAUCUAUCGCAAAGAACCCAUCUACGCCUCCUAUCCUGCAGCGCAUCUGGCCAACGGAGAUCUCAGGAGAGAGAUGGUUUACACGUCCCGUGACUCCUCACCUACUCGCCGCCUCAACACUCUCCCUUCCUCCAGCACUUCACACUCCUCCGGCUCCCCUUCCCGAUCCCGUCUCUCCUACAGUGGAGGUCGCCCACCUUCGUUCGCCGGUCCGGGACACCCUCAUCCCCAGGGCCCCCAGCAUUCACAACACUCCCACCACCCAUCACCCUCACACGGACAGGGUCAAGGCCUCACCCCAUCCUCCUCCGCCAUCCUGGAGCGGCGCGAUGUCAAACCAGACGAGGAGAUGUCUGGGAAAAACAUGGUCCUUCUGAAGAACGAAGGUCUCUACGCUGACCCCUACAGUUUGAUGCACGAGGGACGACUUAGUAUAGCUUCCACUCAAUCGCUGGCCACCAUUGCUGACCCGUUCGGCUUCCCGGUUUCAGGAGGCCUAUACCGCCGAGGUUCGGUUCGGUCGCUUAGCACAUACUCAGCCGCAGCUCUACAAAACGACCUGGAGGACAGUCUGUAUAAACCUGGAGGAUCUCUGUACUCUGAUGCCUACAGCAGCUCCACUUUAGGAAUGGGUUUUCGGCUGCCACCUUCAUCCCCGCAGAAGAUACCAGACGUGCAGCUGCGCGACAGAGAUUCGUUCACUGGAUCUCCAAGCCGAGGGUCGCCAGUGAGGACCACCUUCAGAAAGGACUCGGCUUCGUCUUCUGUGUUUGUGGAGAGUCCUAAGUCUAGACCCAGCUCUAGUUCGGAACCGCUGGGAGAUGGAAGUAAAGGAGCUGGAUUCGGAUCACCGCUCUCUGGAGGAGAGAUCGACUCACGCAGGGAUCGUAUGGAGGCAAUGGAGAAGCAGAUAGCCAGUCUGACUGGACUGGUCCAGAGUGUCCUGACUCGAGCUCCAGACAGUGACAGCACAUGCGGCCUGCUGCGUCUCUGCAUGAUGGCGGGCUGCCCUCCGGACCAGGGGGCGGACUUCUCACGGCCCUUCCCUUUCUCUUCCAGCGAGAAGACCGAAUCCACCAGCGAAGGAUCCGCCACGGGAACUGGCCGGCUGAAGAAGAAAGCGCUGACUCCAUCAGCCCCACUGGCGCUGAUGCCUCCGCCUUCAUCUGGAGGCUCUCAGGCCUCCACCGUUUCCAGACUACAGAUGCAGCUUCACCUGCACGACCUCCAACAGAAUGCCACUGAUCUGCGCAAACAGCUUGCACAGCUGCGGAAAAUGCAGUUGCAGAACCAGGACUCCAUACGGAGUUUACUGAAGAGAACCGAGACUGAGCUGAGUCUGCGUCUGUCUGAUGCACUGAGGAAACAGGAAGACCCUCUCCAGAGACAGCGCCUUCUAGUGGAAGAGGAGAGACUCAAGUACCUGAACGAGGAGGAACUCAUCAUACAGCAGCUGCAUGAUCUGGAAAAGUCAGUGGAGGAAAUUCAGAAGGAGAUUUCAGUCAAUCACAGACAUGUGACCGUGCAGGAGCUGGAGGAGAAGAGCUCAAUGCUAAGGAAACUGGGAGAGACUCUGACGGAGCUAAAGAAUCAGUUCCCUGGGCUCCAGAGUAAAAUGCGGGUGGUGUUACGAGUGGAAGUGGAAGCGGUGAAAUUCCUGAAAGAGGAGCCUCACAGGCUGGACGCCUUGUUGAAACGCUGCAAAUCCAUCACUGACACUCUCACCACACUAAGAAGGCAGGUGAAUGAGGGAGUGUGGAAAAGCCAGGAUGAGUUUUCCAGCCCCUCUGCUAAACUUGGAGGAGGGGACGAGUACAGAAAGAACACAGACUUUGACAUUCCAACCAGCCCACCGCUGAGCCUCAAUGAGAGCAGCUUGGCUAACUGGAGCCCUCACCCAGGGCAAGGUCAUGGCCACUCUAACUCGUCCCAUGCACAGCGAGAGAAGGACUCUCAUGGGGUCAUGGUGGGCUCACUGAAGACCCGGGGUCUGGAGGAGCUCGGAGGAAGAGGAGGGUCUGAGAAAGCCUCAUCUGUGGAAGUCAGACUGGCAGCGGAGCGUGAUUGGGAAGAGAAGAGGGCCAGUCUGACACAGUACAGCGCUCAGGACAUCAAUCGACUGUUGGAGGAGACUCAGGCAGAGCUCAUGAAGGCCAUUCCUGACUUGGACUUUGCCGCCAAGCAGAUCAAACCUGCUCAGAACCAGAAUCAGAACCAGAACCAGAACCCAAACCAAAACCAGAAUCCAAGUCCAUCCAGCACCAAUGCCACACCUGAACACAGGCCUAACAAACCUCAGCAUAAACUCAACAGUAAAGAUAGCGGAUCUAGACGAGGCUCAGAUGAACUGACGGUGGCAAGAUAUCGAACAGAGAAGCCUUCAAAAUCACCUCCUCCUCCACCGCCCCGCCGUAGCUUCCCCUCCUCGCCGGGGCUGACUACACGUAGCGGAGAGAUAAUCAUCCCUGGAAAGAGUAUAAAGAAAUCUGAAUCAGAGGAGGCCGAGUCCCAGAAGCCGCACGUGAAGCUGCGCAGAAGUAUAUCUGAAGCCCCUCGACCAGCCUCCACCCCUCCAACCAUCGCUGGCGGAGAACGAGAGGAAGCUGAUGAUGAAAAACUAGCAGCCGAGCUGGAGCAGCAGCUGACUCCAUCUAAGUCUGGUUUUCAUGAAAACUCCAGUGAUUUGACACAGAAACCUAUGAUUCAGCAUGGGGUGUCCUCCAAUCCGGUUCCCCAGAUAGUCUUGACUGAAUGCGGCUCUCUCCCCAUGUCCCCUUCUGAGGACUCAGCAGAGAACAGGCCGUCCAGUGAUGAUCAGACUAUUAAAGACAAUGACACUGGAAACGACAUCAGAGUCAGCUACUUCAGCCACAUUGUCAGGACUCCACGUCUGUCGCUAUGGAAACAAGACUUGACAACCAGCCAAAAAGUCCCUCAGAUACAAGACUUGGAUGCAGCCCAGAGAGAGCUCCAGUGUCCCGUCCAUGAUGUGACCCAGUCAUGCCUGCCCUUAACAAGGGAGAGAGCAAUUAAACAGCCUCUGAGGAGGGAACCCAGGGUUCAGGAGUCUCUCGAGGCAGUGACAGAGGCAAAAGACAAGCCAAUGAGAAAGUCGGACACUAUACUGUCUGUUUCGCUGCAGAAUGGGGCUGCAGAGACACCUCAGAACAGUUUGAUUCGCACGCAAGGAGUCGGAGGGGAAAAGGAAGAUAUCUGCCACAGCACGUACCGUCGACUGGACAGCCUGGAAGAAACCAUCCGUGAGCUGGAGCUCAGCCUGAUGGAGUUUAGCACUGAUCCCCACAUGGGCAACUUCUUCCACCCGUCUGCACAGAUGCCAAGUUCCUCCACAGAGAGAUCUGGCAGCAUUCGACAAAUGGCACAAUCCCCUAGUGAUGGAGGAGGAACAGCCAGACCUAUAGUGCCACCCAAACCGUCCUGCAUCAGUACAUCCACAGCUAAGACUAGUGGUGGGAAGGCGUUGUCCCGUCUCAAGCAUCUGCAGCAGAGCGGAUCAGAAAAAAUCAAAACUAGCAAGCAGAGAGAGGACUUCCUGAAGAAUCAUGGACAACAGCAGGCUUUGAGUCUAAACAUCAGUAGAGCCAGAGCAACUGAGUCACUUCUUGUAAGCACCAGAGCUGCAAGUUUCUCGGGUCACCUGCCCUCUGGAUUGAGGAAAUACCCUCAGGAGGGGGCACUGUCCUCCUUGACAGCCUCGUCCAACCAGGCCAAAGCUCUUCUGGCUAGUCUCUCCACAUCCAGCCUUUCAGCUGAGGCCCUGCUCCUCUCCUCCACCUUCAGACACAACCGGUUACUCAGAGAGCAGAACUUCAACUCUUCAAGCCUUCCUCUUCACGUCUCCAAUGGCCGUUCUCCUCCUUCUCCAACCUCACCCACAUCCUCUUCCUCGCCCCAAUCGCCCUCUGCUCUCACCUCACUGAGUCUAUCCUCACUGGCUCUAAAACCCUCCACUACCCGCAGCCUGGAAUUCUACAAGGAGCAAAACAAGACGGAGCCAAAGACGGUGACUCCGGAAGACAAUGAAUAACCUGGCUGUAAAUGUUCCACAUAUGGAAAGCAAAGACUGCAAAUAGAAUAAAUUUAAUGCAACUUACCUGAAAGUUCCUGGAAGGUUAGUUUCUGUAGCGUAUUGUUUCCUACCCUUUCCAGGGCUAUCCCUACCAAAACGCCUUUAGGAUAACAAUUAAGUAGUGCAUGGAGGUGGAUAACUUAUUGUUCUACAUCACAGGUUUACUUUUCUCUAGCUUUUGAGCAGAUUCAAAUUGUACACCCUACUUUGACAUGCGUUUCUGCCAGUUCGCCAAACUAGAGAACCAACAGAUGGGCUUGGACACUCACCACCAGCCUGUUUCCAGCUCCACCACACAGCCAGCAUCACAACACCCACGGGAGGCCUGGGGAAGGACUCUUUACCCAAACCCUCAUUCAUUUGCCAAAUCUCACAUGUUGGAGAUCUAGCUAAGUUCAGUAGAUGUCCAUCAAGUGUAAAAUCAAGACUGUAAGACUAUGUAAAACCAAGUAGAGUUGCAAUAAUCGAAAGUAAGUACUGUUGUAGUCGGUGUUUGUUGAGACGUUUUAUUGCUCAUAUCUAUAUCAACAAAUGGAAUGUUUUUAAAAAUAUACAGAAAAAACCUUAAUGGAGGCAGCGUUACUCGUAAUGUAGACUUUGGCUAACAGUUGUACUGCUAAAGAGAAAUUACUGAAAUUGGUGCUAUGGUUAAUAUUUUGCUGAUUAUCCACUCACCUUAAAGGAACUGUUCACCCCCCAAAAAAUGAUUUAAUCAAUUAAACAUUUAUGUAUUGUUCCAAGCCGAUAUAACAAAUUUUAGAAGAAAAAAAAAGUCUUUUAUUUAUUUAUUUUUUGUAGUGUAGGGUGUGAUUUGGACCUCAUUUUAUGUUCCAGAAAGUCAUAGAGGCUUGGAAUUGACAUAAAGGUGGAUGAUGACAUCAUUUAUCAUUUUAGGUGAACUAAUCCUUUAAUGGUCAUACACUGCCUAAGAGUACAAGUUUGUUCUCAUUUGCACACAAAUAAGUCUUCAUACAGACAUUUUACAUGCUUGCUAUAACUUAGCACAAGUUUUCAUGGCAACCAAGGAAUUGUGGGAAACUGAAGGCCUGCAUGCUUUAAAUCACCUAAGUAUAUUGGAUGGAAUCUGGCUCAAUUUCAUAGGAGUCAUUGUUUUCUAUAUAUAUGUACACUACUACCUAGUAGUCAUUAAAAAAAGCACAACAUGGUUUAGAGCAGGGGUGUCCAAACUCAAUCCUGAAGGGCCAGUGUCUUACCUAUUUUAAUUCCAACCCUAAAUAAACACACCUGAACCAGCUAAUCAAGCUCUUUCUAGGUAUACUAGAAACUUCCAGGCAAGUGUGUUAAAGGACACUAACCCUCCAGGACCGAGUUUAGACACUCUGGUUUAAAGGCUAGUGAUAGUACAAUGAUCUGACAAUCAUCAAACAUUCGGCACAAGCUUGAGUUAACCAUUGAGUCUUGCAGAUUGAAUUCCAAUUUAAAAUCAGCUUGUAAUGGUCACCAUGUAAGGAUGUCACAAGUAAGAAGACUGAAGGUAGUUCCACUUUGCGUAUGCCAGUGGGCAUGGUCCAUCACAUAGAAGACAUCUAUGUGAAAAAGCAUUCCAUCUCAUCCUUUCUCCUAAUAAGCUAAUCAGACUGUUCUAUCGAAACCUCAUGCACUUAGAUUUACUUUUAUUUUAACAAGGCAAUUGUGUGCAAGUUUAUGAUUACCUACAAAGAGGAUACAAAUAUGAAUAUCACAUCUAUUAUAUGGUUUCAUCUCAAAGUUUGUUUGGUCAUCAAGGCUCUGGUUAUGCCCACUCAUCUUCCUAUCCCAUUUCAGCCAUCAUGACAUUCGCACACACUCUGUUAACGCCUUUUUCCCCUUCUCACAUCAAUAUUUCUAUGUUCCCUAUGUAAAUUUGUGAAUGCCACAACCUGCAGGUUUUGAGCCCAGAGAAUUUAAAUGUGAAAAGGUGACUGAGAGAGGGAAUAUAAUAAGUUGAAUAGAGCAAGACGGGAGAUUUUUCCAGCUUUCUGACAAAACGAAUGUGUGAAAUUGAUUUCUCGUGGUGCAGGGUUUAAAAUAAUGGCUUAAGCACUAUUUCGACGGCGAGAGUAAAUGGCCAGAGGGAGAGAUUAGUGGUGUUACUCCGUGUCUCUCAGCCAAAUCGGUCUGUAACUCAUGUCCGAAAUGCACAAUGAUUCACAUGGGGAGGUGCUGGGAGAAACAAAAGGUCAAGCUUAGCCUGUUGCAUUCAUAGAAAUCUCUUAAUUUAAGGCACGGUUUAAAUGUGGUGUGUGGAUGAAAGGAAAAAUGAGUUUAUUCGAGAUUAACAUCUGAAUCUGCGAGUUAUACAAAAAGCUGAGAAAAUUUCAUGUUAUGCCUGUGCAAAACAACAAAAAGCAUGUCAGCCAAGAGUUAUGUCCGAAUUCAUAAAACAGACAAAAGGUCCCACUGGACUUACUACUCUGAGCGAGAUUUAGACUUAUGGACUCUUAAGCCUAAUGGUCUUGCUCCAUUCCCAGACAUUCAUCAUAUGCGCAAGUCAGCACGGACCACAAAACAUAUCAGACCCAUUUGAAUUACGCAGUAAGCUCAGUAAGAGAAAUGGUGAGUCAGAAUGACUAUUAUAGACUGUGGCUGUCAUGAGUCUGAUGUACUUUAGCUCAACUUUGAACAGCAGAGUUGUUAUUUAGACUGAAGGCAAUUGGGGGAGAGGCUACUUUAUGUCCCGCCUUGUCUUCCUGUUUCAGUUGAGAUUAAACAUUGGAUGCACAUUUCAAAGCACUUCAAACACCUUUUUAAUUGUCGAAUACUUCUACAGUGCCUGUUGCUGACUAUUUAAGUAAAUCUUGGAGGUUUGAGGUUUCAUUUUUAAAAAUCUAGUGAAGCAGAUGGUGAUGGUUCUCUGAAGCCAUUUGGUGAUUUUCAUUCAACACUUCACAUUUAAAUAUCGGUUUGGCUUUCUUGAAACCUCAGCUGAGAUGGUACAAAAAAGCACAACAGUGGGGACUGUACCCAGUUGAGAACCUCCUAAAGGGGAUUGAGCCAUACAAAGCAGUAGAAAAGCACCAUAAAAUGAUAAAUGGGAAAACCUGCAUUUUGGUGGACACUUGUACAUGGCGGCCAGUGCAUGUCUGUAAAACUACUGAAAAGUCUGAAUUAGGUGAGCAUCAUAUUGCGCUAUCAUAGAAGGCCACAGAAGAGGAUUUGUGAAUGGUAUUGAAGUGACGCAACUGAUGCUAUAUAUCAGUGGUCCUCAACCACCAGGCCAAUUGGUACCAGGCCGCACAAGAAAUCAAUAAUUAUUUACAUUUUAUUUAUUAUCCGAGUCUGUACAAUCUUUUAUUUAGAAAAAUGACCGUUUUCGUAUGCUUACAUCUCAUUUGAGCCCCAAAAAUUUAACCGACAAGCAGCAACAUGAGUAGGAAACAGAUGUCUUUGGAAAGUUUCUUUGCUAAGGGGAAAAGGCCCAGUAAAGGACCCGCGAACUGCCAAAGAAUAGAUCCAAAUCAAGUGAAUCCAGCAUGUCUGUGCAAGUGGAUCAACUGCUGGUGAUCGCAAAUGAUGGCGGCCUUUCAGGGGCCAUUCGCAUAUUGCAUCUUUUUUUGGUGCAAGUUCGUUAUUUUCAAUGGAGGUGCGCUGCUUGCACGCUCAAGUGGUGUGACGCACUCGUGCCUUCUAGUCACGCCCAGUAAAAUGAAUGCCAUGAGCGCACCGCGAAUCACGUGACAGGAACUGACGGAUCAGCCUUAUACUUUGAAUUAAACUUACACAUUUUAGUAGACUAAUUAGUAAUUUUCUCCAUAAAUAAAACUUGUAUUAGAGUAACAUUAAUGCUUUCUCAGCUUGUUAUCCCACUUAAUGAUCCCCAGCAACAUACGAGCCAACCCCCUUCACCGGUCCCACACAUAACCCCCACCCGCUCCCAGCCUGUGUUAAAAUUGUCCAAAAAUGUUAAAAUUUUAGUCUACUUCACACAUUCACACUACAUACAGAAGAUACUUUAGAUGGCUCAAUGCAAAUUUACUUUUUACCAUAGACCAAGAGAUGAUGCAAUGAAUGGCACUGUGGUUUACCACUUCCUUAAAACUCCAUGUGUAAAAAAAAAAUCGUUCAUGCAAGCUUCAUAUUCCCAUUUCUACUGCUCAAAAUACUAUUACAAACUAGCAAAUUAGAUGAAUUCAGCAAUUCAUGCUGCAGUUAGCGCACUGCACCGAUCAAAACGUUACCCUUGUGGUUACAGUUUCUCAGAAACGAGAAGUGGGUUUCAUGCUUGGAUGGAGAUGGUAAGAAUCUACAGCACUUCCUGUCAGUAAGUACACUUCAUCCUCUUAGUUAAGCCAUGGGUUGAAAUUCGUGAGCUAAGAAAAGACUUUCCUGACCCCCUCAGAGACUGCAAUGAAUAUAUGUAGGAAGGUGGUAAAAUCUCCCUCUUAAAAGUAGGAUCUUUCUGUCUUAAAACAAGGUAUAACAUUAGCUCAGACAUGAUAUGCACAUCUUCAAAGUUAUUUUUCACUUAACACUGUUGGUUAAAAAAAAAGAAUGAUGCAAAAUUUGCUUUGUAUAUUUUUUUGUUUUUUUAUUUUUUUUUAUUAACAGAUUUAUUUGUACAUAUUUUUGUUUUUUAAAUACGUAUAUAGCUAAAUUAUUUAUUCAAGUGUCUUUUUGUAUAUUAAGUUGAAAAUAUUACUCUGUACAGCCCAUUUUAUGUAUAAUGUACAGCUGCAUCUUAACCACAGGUUUAUAGUUUUGUUAAUUAUUAUAAGUUGUUGGGUGAAUCUGAAGAAAAAAAAGCCUCUGUCCACCAAAAAGAAUCAAAUUAUAUGAGUGAAAUCAGGAUACUUACAAAGCUCAACUCUGUAUUGUGACCUGAGGGUGUCAUUUGCUUUAACUGAUCAUUUGUUGUUUUGGGUGAAAUCAACAAUGUGAAUAAUGUUAACUGCACGGCCCUUGUCUGCCCUCUAGUGGAUGGGAGUAAGUCUGCAACUUCUAUGCUUAUACUUUAGUUCCUCAGCGAGACAAGCUGAUGUAUAAAUCGAGUGAAUGUACAAAUGCCUUGGUCAACAAAACCGCUGCUUAAAUGUUUCUGCCACAUACUGCUAAUUUUGAAUCACAAGUUGCAGUUUCCCCCCCUCAGAAAGACUGCGGGGAAAUAGGAGGAGCUGGACGCCUCUUCUAGUUAUGCCAGGCCCAAACUAUCACAGAGAAUUUUAAAGAAAGCACAUUCUUUGUUCAUAAAUGGUCUAUGAUGGAACGUCUUUAUGUAGAAUAUUUUAGCAGAGCUCUUUAGUCCCUUAAAUGAGAUUUUUCUACAUAGAUGUGUGAAUGUUACACAAUUCUGACAUCGAUAUUAUUAAAAUACUACUGAACAGUAAAAUAAAAUGAGAAGAGACUAUAACAUGUAUAUAAAAGCGUAAUUAUUUGAGAGUCCUACAAAAUUAUGUCCAGAAAAAAAGGUUUUAUUUAAAAGAUGGAGUUAUAAGGUAUAUAUUAAAAGUAAAAAAAUACUAAAAACAAUAAUUAUAGCAAUGCAUGUAUAUUCUAAAAGCAAUCGCACGGUGCAGAUGAUUUUAAAAAACAAAGUUAUCUACAUGUUUUUUUUUUUUAUAAAAAAUAGAGUCAACGGAAAGAAUAGAGAGGUUCACAGCUCGUAGAGACAAAGUAUAUGAAAAAAAUGACUUUUUCUAUGUCUGAUUUCUUUGUAGCUCAGGCAUGUCCAGUCUUACUGUAACCUGUGAUGAUGUACAAACCAGACUUGAUUGGCAAGCUCUGAGUGUGUUUUACUGAGUGAUUAAAACUCCGCUCGGACCAUCAACCGAUCCUUUACCCACGCUGUGACCGUCCCAUCUCUAGACUAGAGGAAUAUACCACCUGAGCGUCGCUCUAUAUACAAAUAAGAUAUAUAAACACCUAUAGAUACAGAAGAAAAAGAAAUUAAUUUGUCAGUGUGGAUGCCAUGAUAACUUUGUGAGAAAUGUGAUUUUAUUUGAUUUGGAUUUUUUUUUUUCCUGUGAGAAAACGUCGAGAGCUGAGAUCUUUUGUACAUACUUGCUGUGGUUGUGUGUCUAAUAAAGUACAGCUCUCUUCUACG